AUGACCAUCACGGAGAAGCCACCAGGCAACCUGGCCCCGAUCGACAAGAAGGCCGAGGCGGCUAUUGUGGAGGAGCAAGAAUGGAAGGAGAGGGAGGAGGGAAAAAUGCUGAAUGCACUCCAAGAAGCACUAGACUGCACCAAGUGUCGCAUCGCAGUCACUGAAACGAGCAUGACUGCCGACAUUGACGCGGGCAUCUACAUCACCACACACUACCCACCCUUCUUCGCAACCAACCACACAAGAGACGAGUUCAUCUCUCCCCUCGACAGUACGACCCGACCCAAGGACCCAUCUUACUGGAAACGCAUCUCCAUCUCCCAGCGCGAACAGUACUAUGAGCAAGUCGAAACAAAGCUCACCACAGCUCUCUCCAAAAACCCCAAGCCCGACGCUGAGCUUGCUGUUCUCUUCGCACACUACCAGGUCGACUACCACGUCCGCCAACACUACCUCUCCCGAUCGAGUGUGCUAACUCUCUGCCGUGAUGCAGAAGACAUGCACCAGCUGCGGAGGUGGCAGUGGGACAUGGCCGACGCGGACGGAACUGCGCCAUCGUCUGCAGACUGCACCUGCUUCUGGCCAAAUCAGUGCCGUCACUGGGGGUGGUUCGAUGACCAGAACCUCAUGAUGAUGCAUCAGGCGGCUAUGUGGAGGCGGACAUGGAGGGAGCGGCGGCGGCGACUGAAGGAGGCGAGGGCGAGGUGGGCGGCUAUUAUGGAGGAGCGACGGAGGCAAAGGGAGUUGCUUAGGCUCAGACAGAAGGCUAGCAAGGCUACGCUGACCAUCAAGGUGUAUUGUCGGGGUGAGUUGUGGGAUGUGCGCCAGAUGGAGCGGUUCGCGGAGGAUGGGAAUGUCAAGGGACGGAUGGCGCGGAGUUUGGGAGCUUAG